CCAAAAACCGAUAAAUAUAAAAAGAAAAAUAAUUCUCUGAGCUAUUAUCAGCAGCCACUCUUUUCUUAACUCACUGCCUGUUCUCUCACUCGCACUCGUCGUUUCUCUCUUUAACAUGCUUCUUCUUCCGUUGCCAGUUCCGAGUCGUUUCCCUUCGAUUCAAUUAGCGUCUCCGAUUAUAAUUGGCCGCCACCACCACAAUCAUAUUUUCCAACCACCGGUUUCCGCAGUUGCCACGUCAACCUCUUGCACCCACGACGAAGCGUUUCUGUCAACCUCCAAUUCCAAACGACGAUUUGACGACGAAAACGACCUCCAUUCACUCCGGAACCGCCGAUACGACUUCACUCCCCUCUUGAACUUUCUCUCUAACUCUACCAAUACCUCCAGUGCUUUGGAUUCUGAUUCUGAUUCUGAACCCGCCAAAUCGGGUUCUCCAACGUCUCUCGACCCGGAGGAGUUCCUGCUGGCCGAAUCGUAUCGGGCCGUUCCCGCCCCACUGUGGCACUCCCUUCUCAAGUCUCUAUGCUCAUCUUCCUCCUCUAUCGGUCUAGCUUACGCCGUCGUUUUUUGGCUCCAAAAACACAACCUUUGUUUCUCCUACGAAUUGCUCUACUCCAUUCUCAUCCACGCGCUCGGCCGCUCCGAGAAGCUCUACGAGGCGUUCUUGCUCUCUCAGAGACAAACCCUGACGGCACUGACGUACAACGCUUUAAUUGGUGCUUGUGCUCGCAACAAUGACCUCGAAAAGGCACUUAAUUUGAUGUCUAGGAUGCGCCAAGAUGGUUUCCAAUCGGAUUUCGUCAAUUACAGCUUAGUUAUUCAGUCCCUAACACGUACAAACAAGAUCAAUUCCCCACUCCUGCAAAAGCUUUAUAGGGAGAUUGAGAAUGAUAAAAUCGAGCUUGAUGGGCAGCUAUUGAAUGAUAUAAUUGUGGGUUUUGCAAAAGCUGGCGACCCUAACCGAGCUAUGCAUUUUCUAGCGGCCGCUCAGGCCAUUGGGUUGAGCCCAAGGACUGCUACUUUGGUUGCAGUUAUAUUGGCGUUGGGGAAUUCAGGUAGGACAGUGGAAGCCGAAUGCAUAUUCGAGGAAAUCAAAGAAGGUGGAUUGAAACCCAGAACUCGGGCAUAUAAUGCACUUCUAAAAGGGUAUGUGAAGGCGGGUUCUCUGAAAGACGCGGAAUCAAUAGUAUCGGAGAUGGAGAAAAAUGGAGUUGCACCUGAUGACCACACUUACAGCCUUCUCAUCGAUGCUUAUGCGAAUGCGGGAAGAUGGGAAAGCGCGAGAAUUGUGUUGAAAGAAAUGGAAGCUAGCAAUGUGCAGCCCAAUUCCUAUGUUUUCAGUAGGAUCUUAGCCAGUUAUCGCGAUAGAGGGGAAUGGCAAAAAACGUUCCAAGUUUUGAGGGAGAUGAAGGAUAGUGGUGUAAGACCCGAUAGGCAUUUUUACAAUGUGAUGAUUGAUACUUUUGGUAAAUAUAAUUGUCUCGAUCAUGCAAUGGCUACGUUUGACCGUAUGCUAUCUGAAGGGAUUCAGCCUGAUACGGUCACUUGGAAUACGCUUAUAGACUGUCACUGCAAGUCGGGACGCCACGCGAGAGCGGAGGAGUUGUUCGAGGAAAUGCAUGAGAGUGGGUGCUCACCUUGCGCCACUACGUAUAACAUUAUGAUUAAUUCUUUUGGGGAGCAAGAGAGAUGGGACGAUGUGAAAGGCUUGCUGGUGAAGAUGCAGAGUCAAGGUUUACUUCCCAAUGUUGUUACAUACACUACACUGGUUGACAUAUAUGGACAGUCUGGGAGAUUUAAUGACGCUAUAGAAUGCUUAGAAGUCAUGAAAUCUGCAGGCUUGAAACCAUCAACCACUAUGUAUAAUGCCUUGAUCAAUGCCUAUGCACAAAGAGGCUUGUCUGAGCAGGCAGUAAAUGCGUUUAGGGUCAUGAGAGCAGAUGGUUUGAAACCCAGUCUCUUAGCUCUGAAUUCAUUGAUCAAUGCAUUUGGUGAGGAUAGAAGGGAUGCUGAAGCCUUUGCUGUAUUGCAGUACAUGAAGGAAAAUGAUGUGAAACCAGAUGUGGUUACAUAUACGACACUGAUGAAAGCUCUUAUCCGUGUUGAUAAAUUUCACGAGGUUCCGGCAGUAUAUGAAGAAAUGAUCUUGUCUGGGUGCACUCCUGAUAGGAAAGCCAGAGCAAUGUUACGUUCAGCUUUGAGAUACAUGAAACAGACGAUUAAAUCAUAGUCGACAAGAUUGAGUCAUAUAGUUAUAUAGCGGUUACAACUUUCAGCUGACGUAUUCUACAAUAUAUAACAUGGUAAGCUCUUUGCUUUAGGCUAUAUUUUUGAAGUGGCUCAUGUAGUUAAAAAAACCCUGGUAUCAUCUUCAGGAAAUUAUAGCUGGGUCAUCUUCUUGUAACUUAAAGAACAAAAACUUAAAUUGGUGGGCUUGAAGUUCCAGAAUUUGGAAUGAAGGUGCAAUGCAUUACCAUCGAAACACAACAAAGAGAUUGUCUCUAUGUGCAUUUUCAGCAUGUACGCAUCUGUUAGAAAAUCACGAAACAAAGUAUUAUCUGUUGCUGUUUUGUAUAAAAUAUGCAUACCCAAACAUUAUAAUUUCUUAUACCGUUAAGUGGAACGUAGUAGUCUAAUUGCUAUUUUUCAGAUUGGAAUUCUUAUGUUUGUAUGUUUCGUAAUUUUCAUCCACCAUCUCUUUGGUGGCAAAUUAACAUGAAUGCCACAUUCUAUUGUUUUA